AUGCGAUGGACCUAUUCUACAAACCAUAAAGACAUCGGAACACUAUACUUAAUUUUUGGCAUUUGAUCCGGCCUAGUCGGAACUGCACUAAGCCUUCUCAUUCGAGCAGAGCUUGGCCAACCGGGAGCACUUCUCGGGGACGAUCAACUCUACAACGUAAUUGUAACAGCUCACGCUUUCGUUAUAAUCUUUUUCUUAGUUAUGCCACUAAUAAUUGGGGGAUUCGGAAAUUGACUGGUCCCACUAAUGCUUGGGGCACCUGACAUGGCUUUUCCUCGACUAAAUAAUAUAAGAUUCUGACUACUCCCACCCUCACUAACCCUUCUAUUAACAUCGGGUGCUGUAGAAAGUGGUGCCGGGACAGGAUGAACAGUCUACCCCCCACUAUCCAGCAACCUAGCCCAUGCCGGCGCAUCAGUAGACUUGGCAAUUUUUUCACUUCACCUAGCCGGAAUCUCCUCAAUCCUGGGGGCAGUCAACUUCAUCACCACUGUCAUAAACAUACGAGUAAAAGCUCAACCGUUAGAGCGAAUGCCUUUAUUUGUAUGAUCAGUAAAAAUCACAGCCAUCCUCCUUCUUCUCUCCCUCCCAGUACUUGCUGGCGCAAUUACAAUGCUACUAACUGACCGUAACUUCAAUACAUCAUUCUUCGAUCCUGCCGGAGGAGGGGACCCCAUCCUCUAUCAACACCUAUUCUGAUUCUUCGGUCACCCAGAAGUCUACAUUCUUAUUCUUCCGGGAUUUGGAAUAAUUUCACACGUAGUCAUGCACUACGCCAUGAAAAAAGAGACUUUUGGGACCUUAGGAAUAAUUUAUGCUAUACUAGCAAUUGGUAUCCUUGGCUUCAUCGUCUGAGCCCACCACAUGUUCACCGUCGGAAUGGACGUAGACACCCGAGCUUACUUCACCGCAGCGACAAUGAUCAUUGCCGUUCCAACCGGAAUCAAGAUUUUUAGUUGACUUGCUACUAUCCACGGUGCCCGAAUAAAAUAUGAGGCCUCAAUACUCUGAGCUCUAGGAUUCAUUUUCCUGUUUACAGUAGGGGGCUUAACAGGGAUUGUUCUAUCAAACUCAUCCCUAGACAUCAUACUACACGAUACAUACUACGUCGUAGCCCAUUUCCAUUACGUCCUCUCAAUAGGAGCGGUCUUUGCCCUAUUCGCCGCAUUCAACCACUGAUACCCCUUAUUCACUGGUUUAACCCAGCUCGCCCGCUGAACAAAAGCACAUUUCUUUAUUAUAUUUAUUGGGGUAAACGUAACAUUCUUCCCGCAACACUUCCUUGGGCUAGCCGGAAUACCUCGCCGGUACUCUGACUACCCGGACUCUUACACCAAGUGAAAUGUCGUAUCCUCAUUUGGCUCCAUAAUUUCCCUAGUAGCCGUACUUUACUUUAUAGUAAUCGUAUGGGAAUCAUUAGUAUCGCAACGGGGAGUCCUCUGAGCACUUAAUAUGUCUACAAGACUAGAGUGGACAAACCUUCUACCCCUCGACUUCCACAACCUAGCAGAAACACCAAACUGCUACCAAAAAGUGAUCUAA